AUGGCAUCUGGGCCAUCUGAUACGACAAGUGCUUCAUCGUCUGAAGGUACUGCCGGCUCGUUAGGACCGAGCCCGCGCCCGGUCCCUUCGCCACCGAGCCCCCUCGAAACAUCCGACCCAGCGGGCGACUCAGUGUUUCCGCCGCUGGCCGUGCUGGCCUCGCUGCCGUCGAAACAACACCCACUUCCAAGCCCAAGGACCGUCCGCGCUCACACCCUCGCUCACAGCGCUGCUCCCAUCCGCCGCAAGCCUCUGUCUGCCACGGCCUCGCCCUUGGCCACGAGGUACUCGUCGUCGCAGACCCAGACCCAGACCCAGACCCAGACCAAAGCCGGCGUGGGCCCGGCUGCCGAGCUCGAACUCGAGCUCGAACUCGCCCGGCCUGACCAGAGGUUUGCGAGGUCCUUUUCACUCGACAGUCCAACCCUGUACGAGUUUCCUGGCCAUUACGGCUUCGACGCACUUGGCUUGCUGAGCACUCUGAGCUCGCCGCCAGCCGGCUCCGAGACUAGCCAAUCAUCGUCUCCCGUCUCCCAAGAUUCUGUGGAACCUCAGUCUCCGACUGGCACGGUUGACUUACAGCUACGAAACAUUUCGGAAAGUGGCCCUACAGCGGCCCAGGUAGCCACAAGGCCUUACUCACCAGAAGGCCGCCUAAGCGCCGAGACCACCAGCCCGGCCUCGCCAGAGUUCGCCCGCGACCUCGACCUCGUUGACGCCCCCCGUUUCGACUCGCCAGAGUCACGGGACAAGCGCAACACGGCCACUACUACCAUGUCGUUGUUUGCCCGGAAGUCUCCCCCUCCACACCUAACUCUUGGGCCGCCGGUCGACACUGGCUUCCGAUCUUCAACCAUCACAAGCCUCCCAGAGAGCAGCAGUAUUCUUAAUAAACCACUCCCAAAAUCACCCGCCUUCUCAAACCUCGCGACCUCCCCUGGCUGGGCCGCCUCCCCUUCGUCCUCAGCCGACUUCUCGGACGGAAGCUUCUCCCCGCUCCCGUCGCCCUACUCCCUGAAGCCGGCCACGGUUGCGACAGGGUCCCAUGAAUCAACGCCCUACGUACCGAGCUCCACGUUCACAGAUGCCCCAGAGGAGAGCCCGUUGCGAUACUGCGAGGGCAACCUACAGACACCGCCGGUCGGUACCACACCCGCCGUUCACACCACCACCACUGCCACUCCUCUACUAGUGCAGCUCGAGGAGAUGGAGGAUGAGCUGAAGGCCAUUAGCGCCGAACUGGCUGGCUCCAUUCGGCGUGAGAUGGACCUAGAGGACCUCGUCGAUAGACUACAGGAGCAGAUCAACAACCCCCGAGCCUCCGAGAAGAGGACGAGUGACUACUAUUCGGACUCAGGCUAUAGCUCAACCAAGUUUAGCGAGUACGAUCACGUCAAAGAAGAGAUCUCACAGGUACAACGCAGGGCAGAGCAGGAGAAAGCUCAGAUCAGACUGGAGCUUACCGACAAGCUUCAAGAUGAAAGGUCACGGCGUCGGGAGCUGGACCAGCAGAUACAAGAACUGUCCAGGAAAGCAUCGCAAAUAGACCUCGUCCAACUCAACAGCAGCAGUGGCGCGAGUGGGCGCGUCAGGGAACUAGAAAACACAUGCAAUGACUUGCGCCGAAAGCUAUCAGACGAGCGCCAAGUCAAGGACAACUUCGAGGGCCUGCUCAGCGCACUAAAAGGAGAGCUUGAGAAUGCAACCAACGAGCGCGACAAUCUUCGCGACGAGAUUGUCCCCCAGCUGCGGGCUCGGGUGGAAGGGUUAGAAGCAGAGGCAGCUGAGGGUGCCAAACUGGCCUACGAAACAUCUAAAAUGCAGCAAGAACUCCAAUCGCUCAGGUCCGAGAACACGGAACUCAAAGAGUCGGAAUCUCGUGUGUCAAUUGCACUCUCCAGGUCGGCCUCUGUUGCGACGGGCUCAUAUAAGAAGAUGCGGCCGCAAUCCGUCGCGCGGUCAAACACGGUCAAGCAGAGCGAGCCCCGCGAAGUUCUUGCCGACAGGCUCCAGGACGUCGAGGCACAGCGUGACGCGCUUCACAACGCGCUUAAGAACCUACUCGAGAGACAGGAAUUCCAGAACCGCGAAAACAGCAAGAGAAUUCGUCAACUCGAGAUAGAACGAGACCGCCUUCUUGCUGCAUCGCCGAGAAAGGCGGGCUACGAGAGGGAAGUCUGCAAUCUCCGCGAAGAGAUCAGUACACUUCGUCGCAGGGCCGAGGAGGCAAUUGAGCAGAAGUGGCAGGUUGAAAAGGGCCUGAGUGGUCUGAAGAUGGACCUGGACCGUGCCGAGGAAGAAGUUGCCUCGCUGCGUAGCCUGCUCAGGGAGAAGGACAUACUAAUCCCUGAGGCGAUUGGUCGAUCCAGCAGCAGCAGCCUGGCCAGGCUUGCCGUCCCCGUAACAUCUGCUUCGCUUGAAAGGACUUUCAAGGAGUUGCAAAGUGCCUACUCAGAGGCACUUGAGCGUGUCAGGACGCUCGAGGAGAGCACAACUUCGGAUGAAAAGACGCGACUCGCAAUCGAACACCUCGAGCAGUCGCUCUCGGCCGCCGUCUCGGACCGGGAUCUUGCCCGGGAUGAGGUCGCCACGUAUCGCACCCAGCUCGAGUCUCUACAGGCGUCAGAGAAAAGGCACCUCGAUGUGGAGAACGACUUGGCUGAUCAGCUACGGAAUUCGGCGUGCCGGGUCGAGGAACUUGCCCAACAGGUGCGGGCACAACUCGAGACUAAUGAGACGCUUCGAACGCGCCUUUCUGACACGAUCGCACGGGGCGAAGCCGACCAGCGUGUUAGUACGGAGCGCAUUGCAUCCCUGCAGAGCCGCCUGCGCGAGCUCGAGGAACAAGUCAUUGCAGCCCAAACAAGUGCCGAGGAAAGGGUGGCACGCCACGAGGAAGAACUUACAUCCCUCAAAGAUGCGCAUAAUAUCCAGCUGCAGCGCUUGCGGGAUGGCUCGGGCGGCAUGCGUAGCCCGCGGAGCCCCCGUCUCUUCCCACCCAAGUCGCCCCUGACACCCUUGAUGAGCUUGAGAAGCGGCGCGUCGGGCCGAUCUCCACGCAUGUCCUCACCUCUCCUCUCUCCAGGAGUCGAUCGACCAGGCAUCCGGCGGUCAAGCACAUCACCCCUCGACGGCAGCGCCGGCAACAUGGCGGGGCAGGUUGAGGCGCUCAAGGGACGCGUCGCCGAGCUGGAGGGAGCUUUGGCGUCUGCGGAUGCCGAGAUGCAAGAGGUGGUCGGCCGCAUGAACACGGCUCAGAUCGAGGUCAUGAUGCUCCAAGAGGAGCGCGAGGAGGCUAUGCGCGAGACCCGAAGGUUGCAACGCGUCGUAGAAGCUGAGAAGGUGCGCGUGUUUGAAGAUCAAUUCAAGAACAUCACGACCCAAGUCAGGUAG